AAUCGCUCUAAAAUUUGAAAAAUCAAGGAUAUCUCGCUGGGAUUACUUCGCAUCGCAAUUUAAUCGACGGAUUCUAGUUCCCGGUUUCAAAAUACGUUGUAAAAAAGUUUUCGGUAAAAAUCUGCAGAACAGUCGGGCGAAAUCCGACGUACAUUAGACAUGUGUGACGAACGAGCGAGGAGUAGGAGGUCAAGUUUGAACUUGAAUAAUGUAUCGGGAUUUCCAUGCAAUUUCAUGCAAUUUCAUCAAAUUACCCUUUUAGCGGUAAUUCGUGAUUUCCAUCGCCGUUUACCCGUAACCGCCCCUAGUUUAUACAGCCCUCCGAUUCCAGGGAGCAGUGUGUACAGCCCGUUUCCGCAGCGUUGACAACGAUGGAUCCGGAGCGUAAAUAUCACGAGUGGUACAAUCUCGUGUGCCGAAUCCUUUCGAUGACCGCGUUGUGGCCGGAUCAGGAAAGAAAGGGGAUCCGCGAGGCGAUGCACGAGAUCGUCGCCAUCGUGACGGCGAUGGCUACCUUCCUGAUGCUCGCGUCGUCUCUGAAUUACUGCCUUUUUCACUUCCAAAAUCUCGAGCAGCUGAUGCGGGGCAUCGGUUUCCUGGGGACGCUGGUCCUGAUGAGCGUUAAGAUAGUGAUAAUCAUACUGCGCCGCGAUAUGAUCGCUGAUCUGAUAAAAACGCUGAACACCAUGUGGCUCGAGGACCUCAAGGACGCCGUUCUGCGCCCAAUUCUUCUCAGGCACCUGAAAGCCCUGUCGACAUUUUCCUACCUGCAAACCGUGACCGUCGGGGGGGCGGUGGUCGGGCAUCUGAUCGGCCCUAUCACCGGAAUACUUUACGGAUCAUUCAGCGACGCGACGGUGGUCUACCUGCUCCCGUUGCCGGUGAAAUUCCUCUGGAGCGAAUCCGGGGGGACGAUAAUUUACUCGGCCAAUUACCUGUUCAGUAUUUUCGUCGGCUGGGCCUGCGUCAGCAUAAUCGUCGGACUGGACGGAUUAUUCUGCGUGAUGGUUCUGCAGAUAACGGGUCUACUCAGGGUCGUCUCUUUUCGCAUGAGGAAUUUUUCGUCGGCUACGGAUUUCGAAAACGGAUUUCGCAAAUGCGUCCAAAGGCACUCGGUUCUCACCCGAUGCGUCGACCAAAUGCAAAAGGUAUACGGAUUCACGAUCCUCAUACAAUUUUUGGUGAACGCCCUCGUCAUAUGCGCCUUGAUUUUUCAAGCCUCUCAGAUCGAAGUACUCACCGUUGCGAGGACGAUGGUAUACGGAAUUUACAUAACGAGCAAGCUCGUGCAGACUUUGAUGUACAGUUGGUGCGGAGAAUUGUUAACGCACGAGAGCGAGCAGGUGUCCCACGCGGCGUACGAAAGCGAUUGGAUCCUGGAGUCUGUGGACGUGAAAAUGAAGAGGAACAUGGCGAUGGUAAUCGGAAAACGUCCGUUCGUUCUGACCGCCUGUCACUUCGCGAGCGUAUCCUUCGGGAUGUUCACCAAGAUAAUCAACACCGCGGCGUCGUAUUACUUCAUGCUGAAGACCGUUGAAUCGAAGUAAGCGCGACAAUAGCGUAACUUACUGAUUCCAUUUUUCUCUUGGAUCGGAUCGCGUCUGGCAAAAAACGUGGACUCCGAAAUCCGGAUGGUACGGCCCGGCACCUUUUCACACGUAUCCGAUAUGCAGCACAAUAAUAUUUACCUCGGCGAUGAUCGUCGCUGAUACCGGAGUGGCUGAAACGGCAUAAAUAUAAAUAUGUAUUCAAACUUGGAAGGUCGAGCUUCUAAUAAAGGAAUCGGAUCAUAAAAAGUAGUACCCG